GUCGAUGUACUCGGCCAUCAUUCCCCAACACCGGCGCCAAUUUGCACUCCCAUGGCCGGAGCUACGGCGGAGGAUGUGAAGGUUUUGGGUCUGUCGCUGAGCCCCUUCGUCAUCAGGGUUCGCAUCGCCCUCCGCCUCAAGAGAGUCGAGUACGAGCUCGUGGAGGUGCGGAUCACGGAGCCGAAGAGCGAGAUCCUGGUGAAGUCCAACCCGGUGUACAAGAAGAUCCCCGUGCUGCUCCACCGCGGAAAACCUAUCUGCGAGUCCGCCGUCAUCGUCCAGUACAUCGACGAGGAGUGGACCGACGGAGGCGGGUCCUCCUCCAUCCUCCCCGCAGACCCCUUCGACCGCGCCAUCGCUCGGUUCUGGGCCGCCUACAUCGACAUUAAGUUGCCUGCUCCAGUUAGGGCUUUGAGGUUUGAGACGGAGGCGGCGAAGGAGGUGGAGUUGGCCGAGCAAAUCCGACAGGCGCUGGGGCUGCUGGAAGAGGCCUUCGUGGAGUGCGGCAAAGGGAAGGGCUUCUUCGGAGGGGACGCCGUCGGCUACGUGGACAUCGCGCUGGGGAGUUACCUGGGGUGGAUGAUGGCGCUGGAGAAGGCUAAAAGCGUCAAGCUUUUGGAUGCGGAGAAGCUUCCUCGGCUGGCUGGAUGGGCGGAGCGGUUCCUGGCGGAGGAGUCAGUGAAGGGGCUGGUGCCGGACGCCGACGAGUAUCAGAAAUUUUACGCAGCCGCCGCGGCGAGGACGAGCGCUACUCCUGCAUAAGAUCUGGUGAGAUCUAAAUGGUGUGAAAUUAGGGAUUGAGAGUCAAGAAUUCUCAUUGUCUUCAAACAUUUAUGAAGUCAAAUAAAAUCUAAAUCCAGUGAGAAAAAUCAUAGAUUUUCGAACUCA